AUGAGUUCGCGGCUGCUUGGGUCGAGGUCACGAGACACCUCCAACGGCUACGGCAUUGUGUACAGAUCGCGCAACACACGAAGAGAUACACGUCAUUCAUUAUUCGAUGUACGUGCUCCAGCGUUGUCCAUCUUGUCUAGAGCAGAGGGUCUGACAGAUAUUUACGCCAAGACCAAGCAGCAGCAGUUACGUACCCUGGGUAAGGUGGGGUCGGCUGGAGGAACACCCGUCGACAAGGUUGGGCAGGAAACAGUGUUUUCAAAGAAACCCAGGACAACCCCUACCAUUUUGACUGGUGGUUUAAGGGUUAUAAAUACCGGUACUCGGUCUGAUCUAGAGAUUUCUGGUGCUGCUGUACAGAACAUCCACGACUUCCGGUCUGGUCUAGACAUCACAGAUAGUUUUGUACAGAACGUCCACGACCUCCGGUCUGGUCUAGACGUCAUAGAUAGGUCUGUACAGGCCAUUCACAGCUUUGAGCCUGGUGCAGCCGUCACAGAUUGUUCUGUACAGACCAUCCACAGCGUUGAACCUGGGGCAGACGUCACACAUAGAUAUGUACAGACCAUCCACAGCGUUGAACCUGGGGCAGACGUCACAGAUAGUUCUGUACAGGCCAUCCACAGCAUUGAACCUGGGGCAGACGUCACAGAUAAUUCUGUACAGACCAUCCACAGCAUUGAACCUGGGGCAGACGUCACAAAUAUUUCUGUACAGACUAUAAAUAGCUUCCUUUCUGGUGUGGACGUCUCAAAUACCUGUAGUUCUGAACAGACCAUCUACAGUUUUCAGUCUGAUCUGCCACAACGAUUUGAUCAUAACUCCAAUAAACCUGUGCUCGACGUUUCACGGACACGGCAGACUAAUGGAGAUAUAUUGAAGAUAUCUUCGAUUGCAACAGCAAGGCAAACGGCAUUGGUAGAUGCGGACUUGGCGAGUACUUCUUGGAUACAUCAUAGCAGAAGAGCUCUUCACAACUCACUAAGACCCUGUGGCUGCAACACAUCAGGCCAGGAAAGACACUGCUACAACAAAGAGAAGCCUUUCACAUCGCAGUUUGUGUUCAAGAAGUUGUUUGGUCCAGAUUUCCGUGUAGCUAAGCACUACUGGCAUAUCGAACCUCCUGUCCUUCCACCACCAUGUGUAAAAUACAAAGGCAAAUGUGAUGUAUUUCUAAACCAUAUUAUAGGUCGGGGAACGUUUGCAGAGAUUGCCAUAGCAACACUGCACGUAGACAGACAGUGGAGGUACGUUGUGCUCAAGGAACACUACACUGACAUGGUUUCAAAGGACCAUGUGUUCCGUGAGGCAAAGAUGACUAUGUACUUGGAACCUACUGGUUGUGUACCAGUAUGUUAUGGCCUAAUUCAGGACGGAAUUGGUAGUCAUAGUGUUGUCCUGGAACUCGUCGGAACAGGCUCCACCUUGAGCGAUGUUCUGGGAAAGGAAACCCUGUUGAAGCAACAUUGGCUGAGCAUUGCAUGGCAGCUGGCAGAGGGCCUGAGUAAGAUCCACGAGAUGGACAUUCUGAUCAACGACGUCAAGCCGGACAACGUGUUGGUGGAUCUGUCCAGCCCAGUCCCUGUCGUGAAGUACUGCGACUUUGGAUGUGGGUCCUAUAGGUAUGGCAUUGUAUUCACGGAUCCGGACAUGGAACAGUUUGUCCACCUAGCUCCUGAAGUUCGUGCGGCUGGUCAGACAUCAAAGGCUAACGACGUGUACGGUUUAGGGAGAAUGUUGGGACAGAUUGUUGAUGUGUCUGGGAUUUCGGCAAUAGUAACACCGUGUCAGAGAUGUAUGGAUGACAACCCUGAUCUCCGGAUCUCAGCUGGGGAGGCAAGUGCGUGGCUGAAUGCUGUUCACAAAGAAGUGGAAGACACGUCAGAUCCAUACGUCUCCAGCGGCUACGGGUCGGCGUCAUCUUCCUCCUACACCUCUCAGUCAGAGCACCCUACAGGUCGUAACUGUUCGAAUCCAAGUGACACGCGGCAUCAGAUUAAUGUGUCAAGUCUAAAUAUUCUUAUCCUACUAAUCCUCAUGAUAGUCAUGGCAUUGCAUCCGUGGGUUAUUGGUCCCUGCUGUUACUAUAAGUGCUGCAUAUAGUUCCUUCCUAGGGGAACGGGGGCGGUGGGGUAGCCUAGUGGUUAAAGUGUUCUCUCGUCA